CCUUCUGAUUUUGCCGGUGCACUAACAUGGGAGAGGUCCUUUGAGGAUGAUGGACCUCACCCGUACCGUUGACAAAACUGCCUGUAAAUCAGGUUGUCCAACACCUCUUCUUACUGUCUUUUGUAGCUGUACCCAAAAAAGCCGUAGGCACUUUCUGGUAUAUUCCACGGCCAUGUUUUAGUAUCUUUGGACCCCAUUCCAAACACUCCCUUCCCCCGAAAGCCCGUCGGACCUCCGCGCUUCCGAUUCCGCGUGUUCUGUUACAGUUGUUCUUCUUUAUGAGGUGAGGUAGGCAAGUUUUGAUGAUGGCGGACUUACCAGGUUAUCUGCGCGCCUGCUUGCAGAGCGGCAAACUUGCUUUGUUGGCAAUUUUGGUCUCUGGAGGAAUUGUAUUGCAAAUUUUGGCAUGUGCUUUGUACAACAAUUGGUGGCCGAUGCUAACAGUAUUGAUGUAUGUGCUCCUUCCCAUGCCUUUGCUGUUUUUGGCGGGAUCUGAUAGUAGUUCUCUAUUCUCUGAAUCUGAGAGCGGCUGGGUGAAUGCGACUAAAUUCUUGACUGGAGCUUCAGCUAUUGGAAGCAUUGCCAUACCAGUUAUACUAAAGCAUGCUGGUGUCAUUGGUUGGGGAGCCCUGGCAAUGGAGCUCUCAUCCUUUUUCAUAUUUGUAUUAUCGAUCAUGUGUUACAUUCGUAUGAGUGCUGAAGAUUAUUACAGUGCGCUUUGAGAUAUGGCUCUCCGGGAGCCCUUGCUCUAUUUGUGUAAAGAAAUAUCAGUUUAGUUCCAUUUCUUGGGAUUUUUAUUUCUUAUUUUUUUUUAAGCUACAUAUUUGUCGCUUUACUGUGAUUGAUAUUUUUUUGUCCAUUUGAUGAGUGCAUUUAUCACAUUGGAUAUGUUUUGAAA